AUGGGGGGCCAGUUCGAGGCCCAGCUGGAGGAGGGCUCCGUCGGGGUGGUGGUGAACCUGACGGUGGACGACCGUGACGACCCGGCCACAGGGGGGUGGAGGGCGGUGUACUCCAUCGUCAGCGGAGACCCCCGGCAGAGCUUCAGCAUCAGCACCAACCCGGACAACAACGAGGGGAUGCUGGCCGUCGUCAAGCCUCUAGACUACGAGGCCUCAGCCUUCCACUCCCUGCUGGUGUGGGUGCAGAACGAGGAGCCGCUGCAGGGCGGGGGCCCCUCCGGCCCCAGCUCCACCGCAACCGUGCAGGUGGCCCUGCUGGACGUCAACGAGGGCCCGCGCUUCUCCCCGGACCCCCUGAUGGUCUCACGCAUGGAGGACCUCCCGGUGGGCAGCCUGGUGGCCUCUCUCACCGCCACAGACCCCGACCUCCUGCAGAGGCAGAGCAUCAGGUACGCGGUGCUCAGGGACCCAGCGGGGUGGCUCGCCGUGCACCCGGUCCGGGGGACGGUGAACACCACGACGGCCCUGGACCGAGAGUCGCCCCACGUCAGGAACAACCAGUACACCGCCGUAUUCAUCGCCACCGACAACGGCAGCCCCCCGGCAACAGGGACCGGCUCCCUGGUGGUCCACCUGGGAGACGUCAACGACCAGGCCCCCUCCGUGUUCCCGGCGACGGUGCGCGUGUGUGAGGCGGCCCGGGAGGUGGGGCUGGUGGAGGGCCGGGACCGCGACCUGGACCCCAACGCCGGGCCCUUCAGGAUAGAGCUGGGGGCCGCGGCCGGCCUGCAGGAUACCUGGGAGGUCAGCAGGGUCAACGCCACACACUCCCAGAUCCUGAUGCUCCAGCCCCUGAAGUCGGCCAACUACCGCGUCCCGCUGCUGAUCACCGACUCCGGGGGCCCGCCCCUCUCCAGCAGCACCGAGCUCAGGGUCCAGGUCUGCGUCUGCAGGAAGAGCAGGAUGAUCUGUAGCUCCGCCUCCUCCCUGAGGGCCCGCCUCCUGCUGCUGGCCGCCGCAACCCUGCUGUCCUGGACCGGUCUGUAGAUUCUCCAUCUCUUCUUCUGCCAAGCUGCCCCCCCCCCCCUCCCGCUCCCAGGAACCAGGCUUAAAGGAGCC